CGUGGAUGUGAUAAGUCAAAGUACAAAAAAUAGGCUGCAUAUUCAGACGAUAUUGGACGCAUAAUUCAUCUCUAUUUGGCAAGUUUUCCAGUGGUAAAUUUUUAUUGCAAAGCAGCGGAAGUGGCGAAGCAGCAUGAAUAUUACGGACCUUGGUUUUGACUGCCUCGUGCAAUGUUUCUGGCAUUUGAGCAUUGAGGACCUUCUAAACGUUUUCGAUGCACAUUGGGCGUUAAAGCCUGCCGCUCGACACGUAUUCAAACGGACGCAUGGACAUAAAAUGAUUCGUUUUGAUCAAAUAUUCAAAUGUGACUAUCUGCGCUACCUACGAUACCUUGGCCUUUUCCGGUUCUCGGACAAAAUGGUGAGUAUCUACCAAUUGAAAUUGUGCUUCCAAUUUUUGCGUUGUUUUGGUGACUUAGUUCAUGACAUCGACUUCAUUUUCUGUUACGGAAAACGUCAUGAACUCAUACCUCGUCAAUGGGAGCAUAUAUUUGUCCAUCAAUUAAAUAAAUUUUGUUGUGGGACUUUGACCCAAAUCAGAUUUGACGGGAGUUUGGUGAAUUACAAAAAUUCGGAUCUGAACGUACUGACAAAACCGUUUGUAAGGGUGGAAAGACUGAAGAGCCAAAUUUUUUUCCCACCUCAAUUUAAACUUAAUGUUUUAUUCCCAAAGCUACGUGAACUAGAAUUGUUAAACAUUAAGUAUGAUCCGGCUACGUACGACGGAGACGUAUUUCUGAACAACGACUUCAUGGCAAAUCGUUUCCCUUACCUGGAACAUUUGACGAUUAACUUAGAGCCGAGAUACAGAUACGAAAAAGAGAAUUUUGCCAUCGCCGUGCGUUUAAGUCCGAAUAUCAAAGCUUUAAAGGGCAACAUAUGGUUUGAAGUAUUGUUCAAACCGAAUCUCUUUGUUCCCCUUUGGAAUGCAGACAGACAUUUUCAAAUUCUGGAAAACCUCGAUCUUGUCGUGAAUCUUCACUUUAAGCCUCGAUUGACUGAGAUUCUCACGACAACAGCCAGCCAAUAUUUACAUUUCAAAAAUCUCAAAGAGCUAAGAAUUCUAUUUUGCGAUCAAUCCAUUGAUGACACAGUUACUGAAUGGAAAUUUCCGUUUAUCUGCGAGAAGCUAGAAUCAUUGACCCUUCUUUCUUCGCACGGUCGACUCAAACAAUUUUCCAAUAUAUUGAACAAACAUCCAACGGUGAAAAAACUCGAGAUUAAAUACUAUGGUAUGGCAAUGACUGCCGAUGAAUGCUCAACAAUUUCGAAAGCGUUCCCAUUGCUGGAGGAGAUUAUUUUCAAAACGCUGCCCGAGGAUAUCGGAGGAGCUAUUAACAUGUUUGGUUCAUUGAAAUGUUUCAAAUAUUAUACGACUCCAACAGACAGUUAUUUUGUUGCUGGUCACAUCUUACGUACGCUUACUGGCUGGUCAGUUUCGAAUAUAAUAUUAGAUCCUAGGACAGAUACUCACCGAUUAAUUCAAGGGCAACGUAACAAUUGAAACGGUUAACGGAACACGUAUGUUCGGCUCAAAUACAAUUACUGUUAAUCAUUUAAAUGUUUCAUCCAAGGUUCUGAAAGAACAGGUUAAGACACUUCUGAUAUGAUCACGUAGGCUGUGACACACAAAUAAAUAGAUGCUCUUUAUUGAACAGACCCAUUACGGAUUGUUUGAAAUGUAAACUUGAUAAAAACAAUUUUUUCUUCAAGUUGACA